AUGGAAAAAUUUAUUAAGUUACUUUUAUUAAUUGAAAUUGGUACCUUCUUCCUUUUAUCAUGGAAAUAUUAUUUUUACAAUGAUGUAUGUAAGUUUAAAAAAUCUGUAAUUGAUUGCUGCAAACUUGGCAAAAAAUUAGAUACAAGACCUUAUCGAUUACUUGAACAAUGUAGAAAGGAAAAUAUUUCGAAUGAUGUAUGGUUAAAGGAAAAGAUGCUAUAUAAUGUAGGAUGCGCAAAAAAAGAUAUAUCUAAUAGUAAAAAAUUAACUAAAGAUAAGAAUAAACGAACAGAGGGAAACUUAUUAGAUAAUUCAAGAUACAAUGUAAAGCCUGGUAAAAUAAAAAAGUUUGCAUAUGUAAUUGGAGAUUCACAUUUCGAAGAAGGAAUGUCCAAGAAAAAAGAAUAUGAAAAUGAAUUUAGAAAAGUUGCAAAAGAUGAUUUGAUGAUUUUAAGAAAGAGAGUAAAUAAAGCAUACAUUUUUCUUUAUCUUUUACCUACAGUGCUUCUAAUUGCUGGAAUAAUUUAUAUUACAUUGGAAAAAUUAAAUGUUAUCAGAGAGAAAUUUUCUACAAUAUGGUCGAAUAUUUUAACAGUGGAAAUAGUAUUUCCAUUGGCAUUGUCCCUUAUAGUUUUACCAGUAUUUACUUAUGUCUUAAAGAAAAUUGUAAAAUAUAAUAAGUUUAUAUAUAUAAAAUCUAGACUAAGGUGUAUGUAUUACCCUUCUUUUCCUAAAAUAUUCUAUUAA